AUGGGAAAAGAAAAGACUCAUAUCAAUAUUGUCGUCAUUGGACAUGUCGAUUCGGGUAAAUCGACGACGACGGGCCACUUAAUUUACAAGUGCGGUGGUAUCGAUAAGCGUACAAUUGAAAAAUUUGAAAAGGAAGCUCAAGAGAUGGGCAAAGGUUCAUUCAAAUAUGCUUGGGUGUUGGACAAAUUGAAAGCUGAGCGUGAGCGUGGUAUUACUAUCGAUAUCGCCCUGUGGAAAUUCGAAACAGCCAAAUACUAUGUUACAAUUAUUGACGCACCAGGACAUCGUGACUUUAUCAAGAACAUGAUCACUGGGACAUCGCAGGCAGAUUGUGCUGUCUUAGUAGUUGCUUGUGGUACUGGUGAAUUUGAAGCUGGUAUCUCGAAAAAUGGUCAAACGCGGGAGCAUGCUUUGCUCGCUCAGACACUUGGAGUGAAACAGCUCAUCGUUGCAUGCAAUAAGAUGGAUUCUACUGAGCCAGCUUUUUCAGAAGCUCGAUUCAAUGAGGUUACAAAUGAAGUUUCGAAUUACAUCAAGAAAAUCGGCUACAAUCCAAAAGCUGUUGCUUUUGUCCCGAUCUCAGGUUUCAAUGGCGACAAUAUGUUGGAACCGUCUCCUAAUAUGCCAUGGUUCAAGGGAUGGACAGUUGAAAGGAAGGAAGGAAAUGCUUCUGGCAAGACACUUCUGGAAGCUUUGGAUGCGGUGAUACCACCCUCCAGACCUACAGACAAGCCUCUCAGACUGCCUUUACAGGAUGUUUACAAGAUUGGAGGUAUUGGAACAGUACCUGUUGGUCGCGUCGAGACUGGUAUCCUGAAACCAGGCAUGGUGGUAACGUUUGCACCGCAGAAUAUUACGACCGAAGUGAAGUCAGUUGAGAUGCAUCAUGAAGCUUUGCAAGAAGCUCUUCCUGGCGAUAACGUUGGUUUUAAUGUCAAGAACGUGUCUAUCAAGGAGAUUCGUCGCGGCUCGGUUGCAUCUGAUUCAAAGAAUGACCCUGCUAAGGAAACCAAGCAGUUUACUGCUCAGGUCAUUAUCAUGAAUCAUCCUGGUCAGAUUGCUGCAGGAUACACUCCAGUUCUUGACUGUCAUACAGCUCAUAUUGCUUGUAAAUUCGCGGAACUAAAAGAGAAGGUAGACAGGCGAUCUGGUAAAAAGGUGGAAGAUAACCCGAAAUUUUUGAAAUCGGGCGAUGCUGGUAUUAUCGAUUUGAUCCCAACUAAGCCAUUGUGUGUUGAAACGUUCACCGAAUACCCGCCACUCGGCCGAUUUGCUGUGCGUGAUAUGCGACAAACGGUAGCGGUUGGUGUUAUCAAAGGUGUUGAAAAAACGGAAGGUGGUGCCGGAAAAGUGACGAAGGCAGCGCAAAAGGCUGCUGCACCAGCUGGAAAGAAGAAAUAA